UGCCCAGGCUGCCCUCCGGAGCCGGCCUCAUGGAGCGGAUCCAGGCCAUCGCCCAGAACGUGUCGGACAUCGCGGUGAAGGUGGACCAGAUCCUGCGCCACAGCCUGCUCCUGCACAGCAAGGUGUCUGAAGGUCGGCGGGACCAGUGCGAGGCGCCCAGUGACCCCAAGUUCCCUGACUGCUCUGGAAAGGUGGAGUGGAUGCGUGCCCGCUGGACCUCUGACCCCUGCUACGCCUUCUUCGGGGUGGACGGCACCGAGUGCUCCUUCCUCAUCUACCUCAGUGAGGUCGAGUGGUUCUGUCCCCCGCUGCCCUGGAGGAACCAGACGGCGGCUCAGACGGCCCCCAAGCCCCUUCCCAGAGUCCAGGCAGUGUUCCGGAGCAACCUGUCGCACCUCCUGGAGCUGAUGGGCAGUGGGAAGGAGUCCCUGAUCUUCAUGAAGAAGAGGACCAAGCGGCUCACGGCCCAGUGGGCGACGGCUGCCCAGCGCCUGGCACAGAAGCUGGGGGACGUCUGGAGGGACCAGAAGCAGAUUCUCGUCCACAUUGGCUUCUUGACCGAGGAGUCCGGGGACGUCUUCAGCCCGCGGGUGCUGAAGGGCGGGCCUCUGGGGGAGAUGGUGCAGUGGGCGGACAUCCUGGCUGCUCUCUACAUCCUGGGCCACAGCCUGCGGGUCACGGUCUCCCUGAAGGAGCUGCAGAGUAACUUAGGGGUACCGCCAGGCCGGGGGAACUGCCCGCUCACCAUGCCCCUGCCUUUCGACCUCAUCUACACCGACUACCACGGCCUUCAGCAGAUGAAACAGCACAUGGGACUCUCCUUCAGGAAGUACCGGUGCCGAAUCCGGGUCAUCGACACCUUUGGAACAGAGCCCGCGUACAACCACGAGGAGUAUGCCACGCUGCACGGCUACCGCACCAACUGGGGCUACUGGAACCUCAACCCCAAGCAGUUCAUGACCAUGUUCCCUCACACCCCGGACAACUCUUUCAUGGGCUUCGUGUCCGAGGAACUCAACGAGACGGAGAAGCAGCUCAUCAAAGGCAGCAAGGCCAACAACAUGGCCGUGGUAUACGGCAAGGAGGCGAGUAUCUGGAAGCUCCAGGGGAAGGAGAAGUUCCUCGGCAUCCUGCACAAGUACAUGGAGGUCCACGGCACCGUGUACUACGAGAGCCAGCGGCCCCCCGAGGUCCCCGCCUUCGUCAAGAACCACGGCCUCCUGCCGCAGCCUGAGUUCCAGCAGCUGCUGCGCAAGGCCAAACUCUUCAUAGGCUUCGGCUUCCCCUACGAGGGCCCGGCCCCCCUGGAGGCCAUCGCCAACGGCUGCGUCUUCCUGCAGUCCCGCUUCCGCCCGCCGCACAGCUCCCUCAACCACGAGUUCUUCCGCGGCAAGCCCACCUCCAGGGAGGUGUUCUCCCAGCACCCCUACGCAGAGAACUUCAUCGGCAAGCCCUACGUGUGGACCGUGGACUACAACAACUCCGAGGAGUUCGAAGCAGCCAUCCAGGCCAUCAUGAAAACCCAGGUGGAGCCCUACCUGCCCUACGAGUACACCUGCGAGGGCAUGCUGGAGCGGAUCCAGGCCUACAUCCAGCACCAGGACUUCUGUGCAGCGCCCAGCCCUGCCCCGCCGGGGACCCGCGCCUCGCACAGCCCCUUUGUCCUGGCCCCCAACGCCACCCACCUGGAGUGGGCCCGGAACGCCAGCGAGGUCCCCGGGGCCUGGCCCCCGCCCCACUCGCUGCGGGCCUGGCUGGCCGCCCCCGGGAGGGCCUGCACGGACGCCUGCCUGGACCACGGGCUGGUCUGCGAGCCGUCCUUCUUCCCCUUCCUCAACAGCCAGGAGGCCUUCCUCCAGCUGCAGGUGCCCUGUGACAGCACGGAGUGGGAGAUGCACCACCUGUACCCCGCCCUCGCGCAGCCCGGCCAGGAGUGCUACCUGCAGAAGGAGCCGCUGCUCUUCAGCUGCGCCGGCUCCAGCACCAAGUACCAGCGGCUCUGCCCCUGCCGCGACUUCCGCAAGGGCCAGGUGGCCCUGUGCCGGGGCUGCCUGUGAGGUGGCCGAGGCCCUGCCCUGCGCCUCCCGACAGAGAAAGCACCAGCAGACCCCAGCUCCAGCCGCUCGCCUGCCUGUGGCUCCCCGGCUGGGGCUUCCCUCCCAGCCUGGAAGUGGCCGGGGAGAGCCAAGCACAGUCCAGGGGAGGACAGGCCCCGGGCACUCACCUGGGGGUCCUCGCUCUCACCCGGGACUCACGGCCAAGUAGAUACUGGGCUGGUCGGAGGGUCCCAGAGGCCCCGGAGCAGGUGGUCUGAGGCCCCUUGCUUUGUGCAAGGUAAGGUCUGGACCAGGGGAAGAGCCUGGCCAUUCCUGGGCCCUGGGUGGGGCCUCCUGAUUUAUGACAUGGGCAGCAGGGUCCACUGGGGGAGCCCAGGAGUGGACAGCAGCCUGGCCCAGGCCUGUGCUGGGAGAGACCUGCGGGGUGUACCCUCUUCCUGUGAGGGCCGCCGAGCACGCAGGGCCAGCCGGGUCCCUCUGGGGUUGUUUGGGGGUGGACAGAGGGGAGGGUUGUGGGAGGUAGGCUGGGGGGCCCUCCUCGCCCCGCCCUCGCCCCGCCCUGUUCCUUCUCCAUUUCCUGAGUCCCCUCCCUCUCCACUUGGGUGCGGGACCACCUACACCCUGGCCGGCUUGUCCCCGUCCUGCUUGUCCCAGAUCUCCUCCCCGCGGGCUGAAUCCAGUGGCAUGACCUGCAGCCCCAGAUGGGCGGAUCUGCCCCACAGCCUCCGUCCAGCCCGGCCAGGGGCAGGCUUCCACUCGGCCUGCAGGGGCCCCUCCGGGUGUCCCGGGAGUGUCCUCCAGGUCCCCAGACGCUGGCUCCCACACCCUCAGCAUCUUUUGCAGGCAGGGCUUGGGGUGGGCUGCCCACCACCCCGGGCACCCCCAGCCCGUCCCCGCUGCCCGGGCCCCCAGCUCCCGGCGGCCCCCACCCGUCCGUGCUGCAUCCGUGUCCCCCUUCAGCUUCGUCCAGCCUUAGACCAAGAUGGAGCCACGUGCCCAUCGGUGUGGCAUGCCUGCCCGCCCCAGGGUGCCCGUCCCCCGUCUGAUUCCACGGCCAGGCUUUCAGAAUCACUGCCACCCCCUUGCCCGGGAGAGGUCUUGUCCACCCGGCCGCCCACCCAGGGAGGCAGCCCCGGGGCCUGAGAGUUGGAGGAGGGCUGGAGGUGACCGGUCCUGGGAGCCCCUCCUGGCCAGGCUGGCCCCGGGGCCGCAGAAACCACGGCGGGAAGAGCUCGAUGUCCCCAGGACCUGACCCGUGGGGGGAAAGCAAUAGAGACACUCUUUUCUCUCUCUCUCUCUUUUUUUAAAGAUUUAUUUCUUGAAAUAAUAAAUAUUUUAUUGGGA